AUGGCAGACUCCGCGUCAAAAAGAAAACAGGGCCCUGGCGGCUCUGAUGGCUCCGCACUGAAGAAGAGAAAGGAGGGUGCAGCUGGGAGAUGGAAAACGCCGGCUCAAAAGGCGAAGCACGCUUCUUGGGCGGAAAUGGGCAAGACGCUCGAGGUGGGCGAUGAGGGCAUCUGGGUCACCUAUGCGAGGGGCAUGAAGGGCAAGGCAGUCCGAGAGUUCAAAGCCUUGUGUGACGAGUAUGGCGAGAAGCUGUACGGCAUCAAGCCGCCGGUUGACGAGUCAGAGCCGAAAUCGGGAGACGAGGGCGAAGACAUUGAGGCAUCCAUCGAGAAGGAGCUCGAGGCCAUGAAGGCGCCCAAGCAGCCCCAGCCGAGAGGCGUCUUCUCGCCGGUGUCGGUCGCGAUCGAGUGUGUCUUUUUCAUGAAGACGAUGAGGCCGGUGGACCCUUGUCAGCUGGUGCUGGAGAUUUGUAGGGACGCGAGGAAGUGCGAGAGCGCGAAGGAGAGGAAGUGCAAAUACAUUAACCGGUUGACGCCUGUGGUGGAUACGGAUAAGGCGUCUGAGAAGGGGGUGCAGAGGGUGGCGCGGAAGGUUCUGGCGUCGUUUUUUAGCUUGAAUGAGGAGGAGAAGGGGGAGGAUGAGGAGGAGGGAGAAGAGGUGAAGGAGGCGGAGGCGUCAGAUGGGGCGGAGGAGGUGAAGGAGGUGGUGACCCGAAAUGCUGAGACGGACGCUCCUUUUACGUACGCCAUACGACCUACCAUGAGAAACCACUCCAUCUUGGAAUCACAGGCCGUCAUCAAAAUGAUCGCCGGCAUGGUCAAGCCUGAGCACAAGGUCAACCUCAAGAACCCGGACAAGGUCAUCCUCGUCGAGAUAUUCCAGUUGUUUUGCGGCGUCUCUGUGGUUGACGGCAAGGAAUGGGAGGAGCUGAAGCGGUAUAACAUCAAUGUGCUCUACGGCAUGGCGGGGGAACAGAAGAGCGGCAAGGCUGCGAAGCCUGCCUCGGAGGAGUGA